AUCCUACCAUCACGCUGUCGCUCAGUGGUAUCGCGCCGCUGCCAUGGCAACCGAGGCUCUGUGCUUGCUGCUGCUGCUGGCGCCGGCGCUGGCCGUGCGGCCUCCCCGCGGCUACCUGCUGAGGGACCCGGCCCAGCAGAUACCUCCCAGGCCCGCCGUGCACAGAGAGCCCACGGGACAGCUGCUCCUCACCGAGUACCUGGAGGCCGGCAAGGUCGAGGAGGCGCAGUUGCUGUCCAGAGUGAACGGCAGCGCCUUCCCAGAGGAUAUCCCCAGCUACUCCGGCUUCUUCACCGUCGACAAGUCCAACGGCUCCAACACGUUCUUCUGGUUCUUCCCGGCAGAGCACGACUACAAGAAUGCUCCGGUAGUUCUGUGGCUGCAAGGAGGUCCUGGCUCCACUUCUCUCUUCGGGCUGUUUGAGGAGCUGGGUCCAUUUUCCGUGGCCGAAGACUCUUCCACUCUCAUAAGAAACCCAUACUCGUGGCACAAGAACCACUCGCUUCUGUUCAUCGACAAUCCUGUGGGAGCAGGCUUUAGUUACACCACAAGUGAUAACUAUCCAACUGAAGAAACUCAAAUAGGAAAAGAUCUAUACUCUGCAAUGGUGCAGUUCUUCACAUUGUUCCCUAACCUGCAAAGCAACGAUUUCUUCAUUUCUGGGGAGUCGUAUGCGGGAAAGUUUGUUCCGGCUCUGGGCCAUACAAUCCAUAAGAAUAAUCCAAACGCCAGUUUGAAGAUUAACCUGAAAGGCCUGAUCAUAGGAGACGGUCUCGUCGACCCAGUGCACCAGUUAGACUACAGCGACUACGUGUACCAGGUGGGUCUGGUGGACAACACCACGUGGAAAAGCAUGAGGACAUUGGAAGAUGAAGCACGUCAAUACAUACGCGACAAGGACUUCAAGAAUGCCGCGAAGAUGUGGUCGAAAACGGUCAUGACCUUCGUAGAGAAAUCUUUGCUGAGUUACUACAACAUCUUGUACGACGUGGACGAGGACGACGGCGGCGACACCACCGAAAGCUACGUCGACUUCCUGGAGAAGAACUCGACCCGGUCCGCGCUGCACGUCGGCAGCGUGCCUUUCUACGACAUCGGCGCGACCUUCCUCGCGAACGACACGAUGCAGUCGGUGGCCCCCUGGGUGGAGGAGCUCCUGGACUCCGGGUACCGCGUCGUCUUCUACAACGGCCAGCUGGACGUGGUGUGCGCCUACCCCAUGGCGGAGAACAUGUUCCGGCACCUCAGGUUCAAGGAGGCCGGGGAGUACGCCAAGGCGGAGCGGCACACGUGGGGCAAGGGCAACCACGUGUACGGCUACACCAAGAAGGCCGGCGGCCUCACCGAGGUGCUGGUGAGGAACGCCGGUCACAUGGUGCCGGCGGACCAGCCCGCCGUGGCCUUCGACCUCAUCUACAAGGCCACCAGGGGCACUCUCUGAGCAUCUAGACCUGUGUGUCCAUUACAACAACCCGAGAAUAAACUACCCCUUAGUACCUUUUCUUUUUUUUUGAAGUGAUAACGUCUUAUAAAUUGAUGAACGCCGGCUGCACGCGCGAAAAAAGCAUGACUCAUCGUCACGUUCAGCCGAAGCCGAGCGUACAAGAACCGGCCAACCACCGUACGAGAAAAUCUUCUAUAAUAGAUAUCAAACAGGUUAAGGCGGGCUUUUUUAACUUAUUGUUCGUGAUUAUAUUUAAACAAAUAAUUUAAAUUAAAUUUGCAAGAAAAACUGUAAAUAAUAUUUGAAAAUUAAAAUAUUAUGCAAAUUUUCGUCAAUGUUUUCUUGUGACGUUAUCACGUAAAAUUAUCGUCCGUAAACCGAUUUUACAGACAACCCCCCCCCCUUUUUUUUUUGCGUUUCUAUCAUCUAAAAUAUUCCGCAUGAGACUUCGUGACCUAUUCCAGACGAGAUUUCUCUUGUUGGAUUGCAUUCGUGUUUGUCUGACACACACUGUGUAAGUCAGUGGCCAAAUCUGCACUAAAGGUUUCAAGCGGGAAGUGUUCUUGUAACGAUGGCGUAAGUAUAAAUAGGAAUAUUAAAAUGUCAAAUGAGGUUUUUUUUUUCGUUAGUUGAAUUUGCAGACUAUAUAUUAAAUGUUCAGUGGUUACUCUAGUUAUGACGUGAUUUUUUCCUGUCUAGUGUAUGUAUGUUGAGGAAACAAGAAAUAAAAUUUACCUGUUAACAA